AUGGUGACGCAGAGCACAUCGUCAUCAAUGGUGGUUGGGGUCAAGGCUCCGACAGAUGACACCGGGAUUGGCCGCUACGCGGUGACAGUUGUUGGAGUGGUGCCGAUCAAAUCGUGCACGAUACCGCGUGGAGGUAAGCUGGAGUGUCGACUGGAAGGUCUGCGAUCCGCCACUCAGUACGAGGUUGCCGUGAGUUCCUGUAUCAGUGGCACAGAUCCGGCCGUGUGCAGUGAAAGCUUGAAGGCAUCGGGAUCGACACAACUGAGCUGUGAGUCAUCAGAAAUCGAUUUCAGAAAUGAAUCAAGUUCUUUUCCGGUUUUACACAAGAUUAGCUUAGUGUGA